GAUAUUGAACUUUACCGUUAUCCUUAUAACAACUAUCUAUAAGGUUGAGUUUUGUAGACAUACCAUAUAUUAACAUUACAUUUAAUAUUAGUAUUAGUAGUUUAGAAAACCGUAUAAGGGUAUAACAAAGAUGUCAAGGAAACGUCUGAAAUUUAGACUCAACCCGACUUAUUUCUAAAACUUAGUUGCAGUUUCUAUUUAUAUAUAGUAUAUGAGUGCUAUUUUUAUCUACAAAUCAUUACUGGGGUACAUACCAAGAACUACAAUGACAGUUUUUAUUCAACUUCCGUGAACAUAACCACUAAAGUUAACGACUUAUGUUUUAACAAUGGCUUCAAUAAACAAAAGAUCAUGGAAAUUCCAGGAUUUUAUGGCACACAAUGCAAACGUCAACUGCUUAGCUUUGGGGCACAAAUCUGGACGUGUAAUGGUCACAGGGGGAGAUGAUAAGAAGGUUAACCUAUGGGCCAUUGGUAAACAGAGCUGUUUUAUGAGUUUAAGUGGCCAUACAACGCCAAUAGACUGUGUACAAUUCAAUCAACUAGAAGAAUUAGUGUGUGCGGGAUCUAGAGCUGGAGCACUUAAAGUAUGGGACUUGGAAGCUGCAAAAUUAGUACGAACAUUAAACGGUCAUAAGUACGCAAUAAAAUGUAUAGAUUUCCACCCAUACGGUGAUUUUUUGGUGUCCGGAAGUGCCGAUAGUUCCAUCAAAAUAUGGGAUACAAGAAAGAAAGGUGUUAUAUAUACCUACAAUGGACACAAAGGUACUGUUAACAGUGUCAAAUUUAGCCCUGAUGGCCAGUGGAUUGCGACUGGCGGUGAGGACUCUACAAUUAAAAUAUGGGAUGUAAGAGUCGGACGUGUUUUAAAAGAAUUUCAAGACCACAUGAAUCCAGUUACAUGCGUAGAGUUCCAUCCUCAUGAAUUCUUAUUAGCGAGCGGAAGUGUUGAUCGAUCAGUACUUUUCUUUGAUUUAGAAAACUUCAACUUAGUGUCUAGUGAAUGUGAUUUAGGUGCGGUGAGGUGUCUAUGUUUUAAUCCGGAUGGUGAAUGUUUGUUUACGGGAACUAGGGACUAUUUGAAAAUUGUCGGAUGGGAGCCAAACAGACUGUACGACUCUAUCCCCGUAUAUUGGGGAAGGGUUAGUGAUAUAUCUACAGCUUCAAAUCAGUUGGUGGGAGCUUCCUUCCAUCUCACCAACGUCCAAGUGUACGUGGUGGACCUGAAGAAGUGCAAACCCUUCGGCACCUCCUCCAUAGACAACGCACCUAGUCCCUUCACGCCACACCAGAGCAUUAGGAAGAGUUUUUCCAAGGCCGACCGACCGCCUAGCCUGAAGACCCGCACGCUGGAUGUGAAGACCAUCGAGGAGAGUACUUCCGGCACAGACCCGGAGGAGGAGUCUACAGCGGACAUCACGAAUCUCAAGGACUACCACGAGAUCUUCAGGGGCCGUGGGUUGCAAAGGACGCCUCCGCCAGAACCCGAACCAUUUCAAGAACCAGAAAGAGAUAAUUGUGAUCCUGCCACACCACAGAUAUUAAGCAACAUAAACUCUGACAGUUUCGAGGCUCUCUCAUUAGACAACACAGUGAACAACUACAGAAACUCGCCCCCACCCGCCAUCAGUACUAAUAAAUAUUCCCGAUCCAAGUCCAACCUUGACCAAGUAUACGUAAGUAGGUUAGUGAAGCAGCAGAAUCGAGAGAACAUCCUGCCUAACAUAAACAAGACGAAACCUGUGGCAAAAUUUGCCCUCCAAAGGCAGAGCAGUUGUAAGGAUGUCCCAGAGGCUGCGCCAAAGACUGUCAGUAUUAAGCAUAGUGUUUCCGAAGCGAAUAUCAAUAAUGGAUCGGUGACCUCUAGGAGUGCAUCUAGGAAAAACUCAUUUUCCAGACCUAGUCGAAACUCAAGCGUACCUAACGUAUCUAAGAUACCAAACUUAAACAGUGCCAGAACAAUUGAAAGAAGCACGGGAAAAUCGCUUCCAGUCAGUAAUGCCCCUGUCGAUAUUUAUGUCAGUUCAAAAAUUUCUCCGGAGGAAAGGCCUGCGGAGGAGGACGAAUUUGUACCCGUGUCCAUUGACAAACCUGUAGGAUUAGACUUAGACGACUUUUUACCUAAAAACCACAAUACAAUGGGUUUCCAGCAGCAGUUAUCUGACAUGUCAGAGGCGGAAGUACUGGGUGUUAUUAUGAGAGGCCAUGAGCCCAUGAUGGGCAUCCUGUCGACUCGACAAAGGAGCCUGAAACUAGUCGUAGCUCAAUAUAGGAGUAAAGAUAUGAAGUCUGCAAUAGAGACCGCCUUGGUGAUGGAAGAUAUGGCUGUACUUGUUGAUAUAUUAGGAGUAAUUAAUAAUAAAUAUUCUUUGUGGACGCUGGAUCUCUGUGUUUCAGUAUUACCCAGAAUGCCAGACCUUCUUCAAAGUAAAUAUGAAACGUACAUGACAUCGGCGUGCGACACGCUGAAGUUGAUCCUCAAGCUCUUCGGUUCCGUGAUCCGGAACAACAUCCAAUGUCCCGUCGGCAGCUUCGGGGUCGACAUCCCCCGGGAAGAACGCUACCAGAAGUGCGUGAAAUGCUACGAAUUCCUCAACAAAAUCAGAUCGCUCAUCGUGAAAAAACAAUCGCUGCCCGGCGGCUUGGGAUCCUCCUUAAGGGAGAUCCACACGCUGAUGCAGAGCCAACUCGACUGACGUCCGCCCAAAAUGUC